AACAUGGGCUGCUUCACAUUUCUCAAGGUCAUGAUGUUUAUUUUCAACGGCAUUAUCUUUCUGGCAGGUGGGGCCAUCUUGGGUGUGGGGGUGUGGGUCAAGGUGGACAGCGGCUCCUUGCUGGGCUUCCUGAAUGGAAUCCAGGGCGCCCCAGUGGAUCUGAGCCAGCUGCUGAAUGUGGGGUACCUGCUGAUCACUGUGGGGGGUGUGCUUAUGGUCAUGGGCUUCCUAGGCUGCUGCGGAGCCAUGAGGGAGAGCAGGUGUAUGCUCCUCCUGUUUUUUGUCAUCCUGCUGAUCAUCUUCAUAGCUGAGGUGGCGGGAGCAAUUGUGGUACUGGUUUUUCAACCCUUGGUUGAAAAUCUGAUUAAUAAACUUGGUGACAAAGCUGUUAAAAGCAUUAAAAAGAGCUAUGGAGACAACGCAGAUUUUACAGGAGUGUGGAAUACCACCAUGACAGGGCUGCAGUGCUGUGGAUUCAACAACUACACUGAUUUCACAGACUCUCCCUUUCAUAAGAACAACAACAAAUACCCUGCACCCUGCUGCAAAUUUUCAUCAUGUACUUCAGAAGCAGCUAGAAAUUCGACGGUUGCAGGCUGUUUCCCCAGACUGGUGGACCUAAUUGAAGAAAACGCUGUAGUCCUGGGAGGAGUAGGUUUGGGAAUCACCGGACUGGAGAUCUCUGCAAUGGUAGUGUCCAUGAUCUUGUACUGCAAAAUCCGCUCCAAAUGAAGAUGAAAACUGAAUGAGGUGGAGAGGGACACAUGGACUCCUCAAUCAGCAGCGUUUCUGUCUUCCACAUCAAGACAUAACCCCAGUC